AUGGCCGUGGGGUCCAGCCAAGGAUGGCUGACCGGAGGUCCGGCGAGGCACCGGGAGCGGCACGUCGGCGGCGAGGGGCUUGCGGGUCGCGCGAGGCAAGGCGGAGGCGUCGGGCUCUGGUGGUGCAGCAGCAGGGAUGGUGCCGACGUUGCAGGUGCUUGGCGCGGCGACCAGCGGCGUCGAGCAGAUCGGCACGGGCUGAGGUGGAGUUGGGGCGCUCGGGUCGCGGAGGUGGCUGGUGUCGCCGUGGCGCGGCUCCGGCUGGGGUGCGUUGGGCUGAGGCGAGCAGCGACGGUGCUGGCUCCGGCGACGUCGGGCAGCGGAUCCGGAGUUGCAGGCGUUGGCUGGGCCGUGCUCGGCGCUGGUCGCGGGUUGCAGAGACGCGGGGCGUCGGGCUCCGAGCAGAUGCGCGGGCUGGGCGACACUUGGCGUCAGGCGGGCAGCGACGGCGUCUGGCGGAGGCGCGACGGAGCUUGGAGAUCAAUGGGCGGCGUCGCGGGCAGAGCAGGGGUGUUGCAGCGGCGCGGCGUCGGCGAAGCCGUGGGGUCCAGCCAAGGAUGGCUGACCGGAGGUCCGGCGAGGCACCGGGAGCGGCACGUCGGCGGCGAGGGGCUUGCGGGUCGCGCGAGGCAAGGCGGAGGCGUCGGGCUCUGGUGGUGCAGCAGCAGGGAUGGUGCCGACGUUGCAGGUGCUUGGCGCGGCGACCAGCGGCGUCGAGCAGAUCGGCACGGGCUGAGGUGGAGUUGGGGCGCUCGGGUCGCGGAGGUGGCUGGUGUCGCCGUGGCGCGGCUCCGGCUGGGGUGCGUUGGGCUGAGGCGAGCAGCGACGGUGCUGGCUCCGGCGACGUCGGGCAGCGGAUCCGGAGUUGCAGGCGUUGGCUGGGCCGUGCUCGGCGCUGGUCGCGGGUUGCAGAGACGCGGGGCGUCGGGCUCCGAGCAGAUGCGCGGGCUGGGCGACACUUGGCGUCAGGCGGGGCAGCGACGGCGUCUGGCGGAGGCGCGGCGGAGCUUGGAGAUCAAUGGGCGGCGUCGCGGGCAGAGCAGGGGUGUUGCAGCGGCGCGGCGUCGGCGAAGGUGA